CUCAUUUAUAGCCACAUUCUGGGCGGAAUGCUUUGUCACUCUCGUAGAUCUUUAGCCUCGCCUCGUGAGAACACCGCAGUGCACUGUAAAUCGAAUCGUCAUCUGUGCUGGAUCGGGGCAGUGCUUUACUUGUUAGCUCUCAGCUGCAAUACACCGGACUUGCCUGAAUUUCCAGAUCUCAACGCUUUCAUGCAGGGUCUCAAACUAGCUCAACACCAUGGGAUUCUUCGGAUCCAAGAAACGGCGACAAGCACCGUCGUCGCCUCCGGCACCGAAAGUCGAUCAUCUAGGAUAUGUUGUAGGACAAUCAAACCUGCCUCAUCCACCUCCUGAGCGACGAUGCCAACCUCAAACUCAAACUCAACCCCAACCCCAGCCACAGAACAAUGUGCAAACACUUCAGCCUGCAGGUUAUGUGCCGUCACCACCUGGUUGGAAUGCUCACCAUAACACUCUUCCACCACCAUAUCAGGAGCAAAGGCCUUAUGGACCAAUCAUAGUAAAUCAGCAUUACUACCUCAAUCCCCCUCCUUCUCAUCAUUCAAGUUGCACAUCAAACCCUCUUGGAAAACUCCAUCUAGGUUCUGUAGUAGAUCUGGCAACCCAGAUUGUUCCAGUCAAUGUUGUGCACCAGGUCUUCGACGAUGGCCUGCCAAGAUGGCACUGUCACGCAACACAAUUCCUCAACCAGGGCGCUGCACUUUACGACCAGAUCCAAACAAAAUUCAAUGACGUGAUGACUUCGAUUGACUGUGAGCGAUUCGCUGGGAACGAAAAGGACCUGUUCCAAUACCAGAGCACGCCUUCGCUUCUAUCACGCGCCUCCUCGCCGCCCUCUCCGCCGCUAGAACGAGGGCAGCCGAAGAAGCGCAGUAAGAAGGAUGCACCUAAAGGGCAGACUACAGCUGUCGCAUCGUCGAUGAUUUCAGGGGGCUAUUUUGCCAAGGUAGAGUUAUAUGCAAACUCCCGGUUGCCAAUGGAUCUCCCUCCUCUGCGACUGUAUAUCCCAACGUGGCCUCUCAUUUGUUUAGCGGCGCAAUAUUCAGAACGAGUUUAUGAGAGAGCAAGAGGCGCCGAACGCGAUGCGCAUGUGGACGCGGACUGGCGGACAGGCACAAAGGCAAUGUGCAUCAAGUCCGUUCCCAUGGAUCACAUGCACACUAUUGUAUUUGCGAUACGUGGAACCGCAACUUUUAUGGACUGGGCUGUAAACCUCAAUACUGCGCCGACAUCACCCACCGGCUUUUUGGAUGAUGCUAGCAACUUUUGUCACGCAGGCUUCUUGUCCGCUGCCAAAAAGAUGAUAAAGCCAGUUGCAGCACGUUUACGUCAGCUGUUGGAGGAAAACCCGAAUCGCUCGUCCUAUUCCCUGCUCAUUACUGGACAUUCAGCUGGAGGCGCUAUUGCAUCGCUGCUCUACUCGCAUAUGCUUUCAAUAUCACAGGCAGCCACAUCAGAAUUGAACAUUCUGACAGGCUGUUUUAAGCGGGUGCACUGUAUCACUUUCGGCACCCCGCCCGUCUCGCUUCUCCCAUUAGCAAAGCCAGAUCGUGCAGAGUUGAAGAAGUCCUUGUUCUUGAGUUUUAUCAACGAGGGCGAUCCAGUGGCGCGAGCUGACAAGGCGUACGUCAAGAGCCUCCUUGAGCUCUUCGCAACCCCUGCUCCUGGAGACAAGCAGUUGAAGAAGUCUAGCGAGAAGCUUCUCACUCCCCCGCCAAGUCCGCCAUUGAAGCACAGCAAGCCGAAGGAUAAAAAGUCCAAGUCAACACUGCCGUCCAAAACUUCAAAAGCGUCGGUAAAGCCACCGCAGACGAAACCACCAAAGCCAGUCUGGAAGUUGCCUCCAAGCACCUUGAGCAAUGCAGGCCGACUUGUGGUUCUUCGAUCCGGUGAUCCUAAGGCGAAAAUCAAGACGAAGAAGACAGUCGAAGAGCGAUUGAACGAAGGUGUCGUUGCGCAGGUCACCAAUGAUGAACAGCUGAGGGGCGUGGUCUGGGGCGAUCCAGUAUGCCACGUUAUGAGGUUAUAUGCAGGACGAAUUGAGACUUUGGCGGUGGGCGCAGUGACCGCUAGGGGUUACUUGAGACAACUUGUGUAGGGUCCUCGGAAUCUCAUGAGGCGUUUUGUUUUUGGACAUUUAUGAUACCAUUUGAUUUGGCGGUUUGGUGGAAAAGAAAUACGAGUUUACGACUUUAUGAUAGCAAUUUAUUUCACUGAU